AUAAAGGGUUAGGUUCCGAAUUUGGUUCCAAGAAUUUUCUGAGACACCCCGGAAUAUGUGCAAACUAUUUUGCAUUAUCUUUUCAAAUAUAAAUAUGUUAAAGGACACUAAAUACACUUCAGACCUAUUUAACAAUAACCUGCUGGUAUAUGUUUGCAUCUAGACCUGCAGUACAACUCUCACUUUGAAAUAAAGUAAACAAGUUCCAUAGUAUCUAUCAUUGUGGUGUAUUUCGUUGCAAGUUGUAAAAUGGUUGCUUGUGGCUGGUUUUUUUUUAGCUGCACUGGUACUGGUCUAUAACAGAAACACAAAAGAUUAACCAAACUCGUAAUAAUUACUCAGUUGCAUGUAAAGCAGAGAUUGUAAUUGUUGACAGUCAUGGGAGCAUUUCGGAAAAAUUCUAGGCGGCAUAUUUUGAUCGGCCGGAUGGCGUUAUUAACUACGUGUUUGUACAUAAUAAAGAUUGCUCAUCCAUAUAUUUUACCAAGUACACAAGCAAUAACCGCUAGUGGUGCAACUCGAACCUUGGUAGGAAAUGUUAAUCCAAAUAAUCGACUACCGCGUACAAGUGCCAGUCAACUUAAUAAUGGAAAUAGUCCAAUCACAAAUUUCAAAAUUGCUGCAAAAUCUCUUAAUACAACAAGAAACGGAAGUUUACGCAUCAGAGAACAACAAUUGAUCAAUAUAUUUGAAAUUAUUAUUACAACCCUUGAAGGAAAACUUAGUCGAAUUGAUCAUCUCGAUAAAACAGUUGAUCUAAUAAAGCAAAAUAUGGAAGCGCUGCAAAAUCGGGUAGUCAACAACAUAGAAAAAACAGAUGAAAUUAUAUCUCAGCUGGAUAAUAUAAAGAAAUCUAUAUCUAAUGGUGUGCCUGAUAUUCCUGCUCAGUAUUUGGACGUUCUCAACAAAUCUACAAAACUGGGACAAAAUUCCUCAAACUUACUUAACGAACGAAUUUUAAAAAUGGAUCGUAAAGUAACUGAUAUAGAUAAUAAGCUUGAAGUCCUUAAGGAGCAACUAGAUACUAACUUUUUACAAGUUGAAGACUUCACUGGUGAGGCUAGUGAGAAAAAGCCCGUCACAAUAAAUGUAAGCGACAUUACAAAAGUGUUGAGCUCUGAAGCUAUGACACAAGUAUCAUCCGAAUUGAGCGAUCUUCGCUAUUCAGCUGACAACAUUGAUAAAAAAUUACAGUUUCACAUAAAUGUUGUUUCUGAUAAUAUUGGGAGAAUGAUGAAUAUGAUGCAUGAGAUUCAUUUCGCUGUAGUGGAUAGUAACAAACAAUUUAAACCUUUAAACUUAACAACAGAGAAGCAAUUGAUAAAAUCAAGCAAACUUAAUGUUCUAGUUAAACAAAUACAGCCAAUGAAUGCAGUAUCUGAAAAAAUAGAUGAAGUUUGGGACGUCGUGGUUGACACAAAAUCAACUGUGGAUAAUCUUCUUCCAAAGUCCGCUGCUCUUUUGACACAAACUCAACGCCAAGAACGUGCAAUUGAUGAAAUCCAUCAAGAUCUUAAAACGAAAACCAACUUGAUAAUCAAUAACUUAGACAAGGUGGAAAAACGGUUAAAAAAACAAGAAAAUUAUGUUCAAAUAUUAGCUAAACUGCCUGAGCCCUCGGAGCUUACACCAAACCAAACGAACCGAAGUUUAUUGGAAUAUGACUCAAAUAACAACCCUGGUAUUAAUGAAACAACAAAUGAAGCCAAUUUAUCGUCGUCAAUUUCUUACGUUGAACCAUCUAUAGCGACCACUAUAUUACCUACACUUUUUACUUCCUCAACUGGAAAUUUAAUGCUGGAUCAAUUACAUUCAACGUUAAUGAGCACUAACGUCACUUACAAUACCGAGACAUCAAUCAGUGGAUCAAAAUCAACUAUUCGAAAAGAAAGAAUAAUUUUUCCAAGCAUUAAAAAAAAACCAGCUAUCAUAAAUAGCACCACCGCAAAUGAUAUUAUAGCCCUAAAGGAUAUAAAAGAUUUGGAGACCACAACACUAACAUACUCUUCAGGGCCGAACGAGACUCCUGGGUGCGUAAUUAAGUUUUGUGCCUCAACUAUUUGUAAACCGAUUUUUAAACUGUUUCGAUUGUCUACCUCAACAUCAGUUUUUCAAAUUAUCUGGAAUGAUUCUUUUAUUAUUCUACUCCAUAAAAGGGGAGAAAGUUGGAUGUUCAAAAUUAUAGAGGCAUUUCGUAAUUGUAUGCAAUACAUAAUGCAUUUGAGCGUAUUGUUACUUCUCAUUUGCAACUUUUGUGUUCCUCACUAAUAUUACCCUAUCAACAUGGUUUUGGAACUCAGAGGGUUAUUUUUAAAAACCCAGUUUUCACGCACUCUGCGUUUUCACUAUUGAACGCCCAUUUUCGAUAAACAAAGUCACCACCUUGAUACGUUCUUUUGGUGUUAAGUUAUUCAUGGUUCAAAUUGUACUGAAUUGUCGUUUCGAAAACGUAACUACACAAGUCAAUCGCUUCACAAACGUCACAGCUAUUCAGUGUUUGUAUACCGAAGUUUGAGAUGGUGCACCCUGUAUAAUAAUUACGUUUAAAUGUAACGUAAUGACUUUUUAUAAAGGUACGCCUUCAUUUAUAAACUUUUCUCUUGAUAAUAUGCCACUGGAACGUAUAUAUUCGGUCAACGUCUUAGGAGUUCUUCUUGACCCAAAUUUAAAAUUGGACUGUCACAUAAAGUCUACUGUUAACAAGGUUAUGAGUGUGCUUGGAUUUAUUAAGCGAUGGUCUAAAGAAUUUGACGAUCCUUAUACAACUAAAUUAUUAUUUACUUCCCUUGCCCGUCCAAAUUCGGAAUAUUGUGAUCCCGUUUGGUGUCUCCAAAAUCAUGUACACAUUGAUUGUUUAGAGUCGGUACAAAAAAAUGUGUUCUUUUCGAGCUUCGUGGUUUAAACUGGGAUCGAAACGUAAAAUUGCCUUCUUACUCUAGUAGAUUACUAUUGCUUAAUUUACCUUCUCCUGUAAAUCGUAGAAUCAUGCUUGGAACUAUUUUUAUACACAAUCUUGUCAAAGGUGAUAUAGACUCCAUAAAAUUGGUAAGCCGCUUAACUUUUAAUGUGCCUUUUAGACCAACCCAACUACCAUUCUCUUGCCAAGAUGUACCUCAGAUUUUGGCCUGCAUGAACCCUUUCGUGCUUUUGUAAUAAUUAUAAUCAUCAUAAUAAUCAAAUUUGAAUUUCAACCUCUAUCUCUUUCCCAAAAACUACAGUUGUAACAUUAUUGCACCGUACCUAGUUUUUGUUUUUCUUAUAAAUGUCUCUACAUUAUGUUAUUUGUGUUUUCCUCGCGAACUCGAUAACUGCCCAGCGCAUAACAAGCUCGUGCUUGGUUUCGUUGGGCCACUAUUUGCACUGUUUAUUGUACAUCAACGUUCAACUAUAUACUAUAUAAUAUUAAAAAUAAUAAUAUAGUAUAUAAUAUCAAAAAUUUUGGAAAUACCACUCAUAUUUUUUUUAUUUAAAGUCGGUUUAUCUACUAGUUUAUAACCUACAAACAAUUUUAACAACUUUUUGAAUUAUAAUUAUUAUUAUAAUUUCAGUCAGAAGUUUG